GUCCUUAUGUGGGAGGCACAGCUGAGUGGCUGGAGUGGCCAUUUUAGGGCCUGCUGUCACUUUCCUUGAGGCCACAGGCAUGCCCCAGAAUAGGCUGCGUCCUAGUCUGGACAGGGGCUCAAGUCCGUCUCCGGAUUCUUGUAGUCGGGAACAUCAGCUUGGGUUUCGGUUCCGGUAGGUUUCGGGUCUGAGAACAGCAGCUGGCUCAACCUCCUCGGAAGGCGGGCCGGUCACCAUGGCGACGCCAAUCCUGGGCUGCGCCCGUUCGCGGGUAGCGGUGGGUCCCGGACUCUCAGAGGCGGAAGCGCACCGACCGGUCAUGCUUCGUGGAACGUUCUGGCUGCUACUGCUGCUGCUGCCACUGCAUCCCCCGGGCACGCAGGGUCACCGCGGCGCCACAAGCCCGGGCCAGGAGGCCGAAGAGCAGGCCCCUUGGCCGAGCAUCCAACUCCUGCAGGAGCAGCUGAUGACGGUCGAGUCCCUCUCCAGACGGUACUGGACGUCCUUCAGUUGCACCGUGUGGCCGGAUCACUGUGAGGACCAGGAGGUCCCCACGCCGCCCCUGGGCUGGAGCCUUCCUGUGUGGGGCCAGCGGGCCCUGGAGAGCUUCACCGAGUGGUUCUGCAGCUUUCAGGACUGCUGCGCCGAUGGCGGGGACUGCAGGAUCUACAACAACUUUACAGGCUUAGAAUCAGACCUGCGUGUGCGACUGCAUGGCCAGCAUCUGGCUAGCAAGCUGGUCCUAAGAGCAGUGAGGGGCUACUUAGAGACACCCCAAGUUGAUAAGGCCCUGGCUCUGUCAUUCCAUGGCUGGUCCGGCACAGGCAAGAACUUCGUGGCACGGAUGCUGGCAGAAAACCUGUACAGGGAUGGAAUACGGAGUGAUUGUGUCAAGAUGUUUAUCUCUACCUUCCAUUUCCCACACGCCAAGCAUGUGGACAUGUACAAGGAGGAGUUGCGCUGGCAGGUGCAGGAGACACGGCGGCGUUGCCACCAGAGCAUGUUCAUCUUUGACGAAGUGGAGAAGCUGCACCCGGAGCUGCUGGAGCUGCUUGGACCGCACCUGGAACCCAGGGUCCCCAAGGCUCAGGGCAUGGAGCCGCCCAGAACCAUCUUCCUCUUUCUCAGUAACCUUGGGGGCAGCAUCAUCAGUGAGGAGGUCCUGAGUUUGCUGAAGGCAGGCUGGUCUAGGGAGGAAAUCACGAUGCAGCACUUGGAGACCCCCCUUCAAGCUGAGAUCAUGAAGUCCACAGACAGUGGCUUUGGCUCCAGCCGUCUUGUAAAGGAAAACCUUAUUGACAUCUUUGUCCCCUUCCUGCCAUUGGAGUACUGCCAUGUGCGGCUGUGUGUCCAAGACGCCUUCCUGAGUCAGGACCUCCCGUACACAGAAGAGGCCCUGGAUGAAAUUGCCAAGAUGAUGACAUAUGUCCCCGAGGGGGAGCGGCGUUUCUCCUCCCAGGGCUGCAAAUCCAUUUCCCAGAGAAUCAACCUCUUCCUGCCUUGAAAGUGUCUCCUUGUGCUCCCUGGGGCGGUCCUUCUCCACCAGUGAGACCCUGGAUCUGCCAGGCACCCUGGGGCUCAGCGUCGCUGCUCCAGCUGGGGUGCAGAAGGUGGACCCUAACAGAGCCAGCUCUUAAAUCACUUGGUGCCUUAAAGACCUGCAUUCUAGACAUUCUAUAAUGUAGGCCAGGAAGUCAGAAAGCCAUCAGGAAGUCCAAGUGCCAAAGGGUUCCCAGAACUCCCUCCACAGGCUCUUGGCCACAGCUCUUCCCAGAAAGUGGCUGGACUUGAGUAUGAGCCUGAGGCUGCAGGAUCCUUGGGCUACAAAACACAAAAGAGCUGUGGCUCGUCAGGAGUGUGCUCCGUUCGGGUCUGUGGGUGCGGGCUAGCUUUCCAGAGGAACGGGGUCAGCUUCGGCACUUGAGCAGAUGGACAAAUGGCCUUAGGCUAAAGGGAAGACCACAUGCUUUGAAAACGUGCCAGUGACGAGUGUGGCACACACCUGUGAUCCCAGCACUGAGUAGGUUAAUACAGGAGAGAGAGCUCAAGAGACCUGAGCUCCCUGGCUGAGUUUGAGGUCAGUCAGGCUUGACAAACAAAAUCUACAGAUGUGUAGCUAAGGUUAUGUUGUUUUAUAGACUGAAAACUUUUUUAUGUACAGAUUAAAUUUCAUAUUUUUCUAACA